AUGAAAGCGGUGAGCACAUGGCUGUUCCAGUCCACGGAUGAGCGUCCAGUGACUCCCGAACUGGAUCUGCAAAAUGUGCACAAACUUGCGAUUCCCACCUCGCCGUCCCCGACCCAAAGCGAAGCAACUAGUCACAUCUAUACAGGGACCCUUGCAGAAGGUCUGGAGCUACUGGCAGAGGCGUUGCAAGGAGACUCGGACCAUCUGAGCGAUGCCUUUGCCAAGAUUCUGGACUCCAUGGUCGAUUCAGGGUUAGUGACGUCCACUCUGUACAAGAUUGACGACGAGCUGAAAUUCCUGAUUAUGGAGACGUUUCUAUCCGACAGCAAUCUGGUCGAGCGGUUCAAAGUGCAUCGCCAGCAGAACAGAGAGCGAGACGCUUUGCUGGCGAUCGAGCGGGCCAAACGGGGAUUGGAAAUGGCGAGCAGGACAGGCAGCUCUGUGAGCCAUUCAGAGCACUUUCCUCCAGAGGACGAGAGUGCGAGAUGGACCUUGCGGUUUGUGGAAUUUGUCGACCUCAUUCUCACAAUGUGGGACUUGCUCUUCACCGGCAUCAUCGGUCCGAUCGUCUCCUACUUCUAUGCUUGUCUUUGCGAACAGAGCUCCAAGUACGACAUUGGCAAAUAUGUUGCAACAACACUUUUGUUCUGCAACAUAAUUCUCCGCCGGUUGGUUGCCGUUUUAGGGCGUCUUGUCGGGCGUCGCGAAAACCCGCGUAUCACGUCUUUGGGCCCAACGUGA